AUGUCGGCUCACAUUCCCGCUGCUGUCCGUCACAAGGUCAGCGAGAGGGCAAAGAAGACCCUCGACCUUGUUGCUAAGUUCGUUGAGGAGGACUGCAUUCCCGCCGAUGCUGUCUUCGAGGCCCAGAUCGGCGUCGGUGACGCCCGGUGGCAGUCUCACCCUCAGAUUCUCGAGGACCUGAAGAAGAAGGCCCGGUCACUUGGGCUCUGGAACAUGUUCCUGCCGGUUGGCCACUACAAGGAGUCUCCCGGCUUCACCAACCUCGAGUACGGCCUGAUGGCCGAGUGGCUGGGCAAGUCCCGCAUCGCCUCUGAGGCCGUUAAUUGCGCUGCCCCCGACACGGGCAACAUGGAGGUGUUAGCCAAGUACGGUAAUGAGCAGCAGAAGGCCAAGUGGCUAAAGCCCCUUAUGGACGGCGUGAUCCGGUCGGCCUUUCUCAUGACGGAGCCUCAGGUCGCUUCGUCAGACGCCCGCAACAUCGAGAUGAAGAUUGAGCGCGAUGGCGACUACUAUGUUCUGAACGGCCAGAAAUGGUGGUCCAGCGGUGCCGGUGACCCGCGUUGCAAGAUCUACGUGGUCAUGGGCAAGAGCGAUCCCAAGAACCCCGACCCUUACAAGCAGCAGUCCGUCAUCCUGGUGCCGGCCGACACCCCCGGCAUUACCAUCCAUCGCAUGCUCUCGGUCUACGGUUACGACGAUGCCCCUCACGGCCACGGUCACAUCAGCUUCAAGAACGUCCGCGUCCCGAAGGAGAAUCUCGUCCUUGGCGAGGGUCGCGGUUUCGAGAUCAUCCAGGGCCGUCUCGGCCCCGGCCGUAUCCACCACGCCAUGCGCACCAUUGGUGCUGCUGAGCGCGCUCUCGAGUGGAUGCUGGCUCGCAUCAACGACCCGGCCAAGACCCCCUUCGGCAAGCAGCUGCGCGAGCACGGCGUCAUCCUCGAGUGGGUUGCCCGCUCGCGCAUUGAUAUCGAUGCCGCUCGCAUGGUCGUCCUCAACGCCGCCAUCCGCAUGGACGAAGAAGGCCCCAAGGCUGCUCUGAAGGAGAUUGCUCAGGCCAAGGUUCUUGCUCCCAAGGUCGCCCUUGAGGUUAUUGACCGUGCUGUCCAGUCAUUUGGCGGUGCCGGUGUCAGCCAAGACACACCUCUCGCCAACAUGUGGGCUCAGAUUCGCACCCUGCGGUUGGCUGAUGGCCCCGAUGAGGUGCACCUGCGCCAGAUGGGCCGUAACGAGAGCCGCAAGGGCAAGGAGAUUGCUGCCAAGAUUGCCCGACAGAAGGCCAAGACCGAGGAACUGAUGAAGCAGUACGGGGCGAAGAAGCAGGAGCUCGGUGCUAACAUUCAGGCGACGCGGUAUGGGAAGAACUAG